AUGAUUUAAUAAAUAUCAAAUUAUUUUAAACUUUAAAAUUAUUAUGAAUCUUAAUGUAAAUGUGUUUCUUAUGUUGAUUGUGGUCUUAACACAAAUGCAGUAACGAAUCGGGAAUGUUUAAUAAGUAAUAGCACAUUUUGUAGAUUUAAUUAUACUAAAGGCUAAGGAUGUGCUUUUAUGAAUUGUGAUCAAAUUACAAACUCUGAAAUAUGUUCAGUGAGUGAACAUCAAAAUUUAUUAUAGUUCAGCGCAACUCACUAAUGGUUAAAAUGUGAUUGGGACUUUUCCAAAUGCAUUGCAUUGUUUUGUUAAGAUUAUCAAAUAUAAUCCGAUUGCGAAAACAAUUAUGACUAUGGAGGGCUAAAAUGUAAUUGGUGUCUACUUUAUUCUACUCCUUGUAGCUAUAAUCCAUCCUGUAAUUUAAGUAACAUGCCUACAUCUAGACCACAUUAAGAUUUUCAGGGUAGAUAUGUCUUUUAAACAAUCAACUUUAUAAUGAGCUCAAAGUGCACAAAACAAAUAAUAAUAAUGCUCAGAUUACAAAUAUUAAGAGGCUUGCGUUAAUACGAUAGGUGGUAUAGACUAUUAUUGGUAUUCUAAUGCUUGUAUAUGGUAUUACGAAGCUGCAGUUAAUUAAUUUCUACAUAUACACAUUCAUCAUGCCAUAGUUGGAAGGAUUCUUAUAUGUCAUUAGAUAACUUAGGAUGUCAACCUCUAGAUUGCUCAUAGUUAAUAAUAAUGGCAUAUUGUACUAUUUUUACAAUAGGGUGAUUUUGGGAUGGAUAAAAUUGUUAAAGUAUUGAAGAAUGUGCGGUUAGUUUAUUAAAAAAUUCGUAAAGGAUAAUUUAAUAUCUUUGAGUGUAGCAAGUACACUAAUGGUUUUUUGUGCUUAGAUACGAGUAAUUCAUAAGGCAUCCCAUGCUUUUGGGAUGGUACUAAAUGCUUAGAAAAAACAUGUUCAAAUAAACCUACUCCUUCAAUUAGUCAAGCAGAUUGUAAUAGUUGGUUGAUUAAGUGUUAAUAUAAUAGUAAUAAUAAUUGAUGCUUAGAAAAUUGCACUUAAGCUGAUAUUUCAAAUAAAACUCAUGAACUAUGCGAAUCCUAUUAUUUAAAUAUAAGUUGCAAUGUCAAACUAGAUAUAAUUCAAUGUGUUGACCUUCCAAUUGCUUGUUUUUUAGCAAAAAAACUAAAUGUUAUAAAGAUUAAUCUGGAAAUGAAUGCUUCUAUUUAGAAUCAGAAAGUAGUGUGUUAAUUUAAAAUUUUCAAUCUUAUAAUAUACUACACAUGA